AUGUCCACCCGUGUAUACGUCGGCAAGCUUCCUCCUGAUGUCCGUCGUGGCGACAUCGACGAUCUCUUCCGUGACUACGGUCGCCUCCAGGAUGUCCGAAUCAUGGGCUCGUUCGGAUUCGUCGAGUUCGAACACCCUCGCGAUGCCGAAGAUGCCGUCAAGGACUUUGACGGCCGCAACUUCAUGGGCGAGCGCAUCGUCGUUCAGCAUGCCAAGAGUGGCGAGCGUCGCCGCGAGCCCGCUGGCUAUGGUGCCGACCCCUACGACCGUCGCGGUGGCCCUCCCGGCAGGGAGCCCCCUUCCCGCUACGGCGCGCCUCCCCCGCGCCGAGAGCCUCGCAUCCGCCGCGGCCAGUUCCGCUGCAUCGUCUCCAACCUGCCUCCCAACACCAGCUGGCAGGACCUCAAGGACAUCGGCCGCGAGCACGGCUCCAUCUCUUUCGCCGAUGUAGACCCUUCGCGUCCCGAUGAGGGCGUCAUCGAGUACGACAACCGCGACGACUACGAGCGCGCCCUCGACAAGAUCGAGGGCAUCGAGCUGCGCGGCUACAAGCUCCGCAUCGACCCCGCUCGCCCCGCACGCGACGACCGAGACGACCGCGACCGCAGCCCUCCCCGUCGUCGUGACGACAGCCCGCCCCCUCGCCGUCGCGAGGACAGCCGCGAGCCUCGCGACCGCGAAGACAGCCGCGAACCCGCUCCCGAGCGCAACGGCCGAUACGACAGCCGAAGCCCCCUCCCUCCCCGCGACGACGACGACGUGCCCGCUCCCCGCGAUGAUUAG